AUGAGGAGCUGGCUCCAUGGCCUCGCCCUCUUAGGGCUGUCCUGUGUGACUGCCAGUGCUCUGGAGACCAAGAUGGAUCAGACUGACAAGAACCGGCAGGUAUGCGCCGGAAUGUACAGCAAGAACUCUUGGGGAGGAUCGGUGGAUCCGCAUAUACUGGUCAAGUUCUUGAAGUAUGAGGCAGAGGAUGAUUCGGAUCCAAUCGCCAGUAUGAUUAUUUUUGAGUGGAAAGACUUCGAUCUCAUAGGAGUGCCAGAAGUCGACACAGCCAAAACCGAAUGGAUUUGCGAUGAAGAGAACAUUCAAAACGGAUAUUGCAGUAGCGAACAGACGGGCCAGUUCAUCUUACAACCAAAUGCGACGGAGAUCUCGAAGAACGCCCUUUUUACACAGGCAGUACAUCUGAAGGACCCUGGGCUACCCAUCAAAUACGAUAUCAAGAAGACAGGAUACUAUUGCGUAGGGACAAGUGCUUUCUCGCCAGGAAACGUAGAAUACGCUGCAGUGUUGGAGUUCCGAAACGCUUACGGAGAGCUCCCUGCUUCUGAGAUUGCCAAGCUUCCAUUUUAUGGUGGUAUCACCAUUGUCUAUGCAGUCAUUGGAGUCUUCUGGGGUUUCCUAUAUGCUCAACAUCGACAUGAUAUUUAUUACCUAAACCGAAAUGGCACCAACGUGGGCUCAAAAGUGCUGAUGAUUGUGGUUGCAAUUUUAAAUGCAGCUAGAAAUUCGUUCUCAUUCUUCCUUCUCCUCAUUGUCUGCAUGGGGUACGGUGUUGUGAAGCCCAGCUUAGGCAAGACAAUGGUAUGGGUUCGCUACCUAGCAGGAGCCCAUUUCGUUUUCGGACUGGUAUACUCAAUCGCCUCCCUAACAAUAUCCCCUGAGAAUGCCGGCCCCCUCGUUCUCUUCGUCAUUCUGCCAUUAGCAGGCACAUUGACAGCCUUCUACGUCUGGACGCUCAAUUCUCUCAAUGCCACAAUGAAAGACUUGAACGAGCGCAAGCAAACCACCAAGGCAGCCAUGUAUCGCAAACUCUGGUGGUGCAUUCUCGCUUCCAUCGUGGUUAUCUUCGGCUUCUUUUUCUUUAACUCCUUCACCUUCGCCUCAACCUCUGACCCCAACUUCGUGCCCUUCCAUUGGCAAACAAGAUGGUUCAUCCUCGACGGCUGGCUCAACCUCGUCUACCUCGCCGAUGUGGUCUUCAUCGCGUAUGUCUGGCGUCCUACUGCUAACAACAGGAGGUUUGCCAUGUCGGAUGAAUUGGCGCAGGAUGAUGAGGGCUUUGAGAUUGCCGAUUUCGGGGUGGAGGAUGAUGACGAAGAUGAUGAUUUGGAGCAUGGCGGCGCUACACAGGGGAACAGGGGCGAUGAGGGUCCACGAUACGACCCUGCCCCUGGAGCGAAAGUCACCAAGCCUCCUCCUGGCUCGAACACGGCGAAGGAUAUCCCGAGAGAUUCACUUGACGGUGAUACGAUUUUUGCAGUUGGCGAAGAUGGCGAUAGGUGGAGUGAUGAUGGAAGCGAUGAGGAGAGGGGAAAGCUGGUGGGUGAUCAUGAGCAUGGGAAGGACUAG